AUGAAAGUUGGUCCCUCUCCAGGACACAGGAAGAGGGAUCAGAAGCCUGGGCUCUGGGUGCCACCUGCCUUGCUGGUCUGGUCAGCACUAGGUUCCUUCCUCUUCCUUUUCCCCACAGCCGGUGGCUCUGAAGUUGCACAGGUGCCCGUUCCAGAGGUCCGGCUAGUCAAUGGGCGCAGCCGCUGCCAAGGACGCGUGGAGAUCUUCUACAACAACACCUGGGGCACGGUGUGCGACGACGACUGGGACAUUGUGGACGCCAACGUGGUCUGCCGCCAGCUGGGCUGCGGCCAUGCCAUCGCCAUGCCGGCCACCCUCUCCUUCGGCCAGGGGCGUGGGCCCAUCUUCCUCGACAACGUGGACUGCAAAGGCAGAGAGGCAGCCCUCAGCGAGUGCAGCAGCCACGGCUGGGGAAUCCACAACUGCUACCACUACGAGGACGUGGCCGUCACCUGUAAUGAGCUGUUGCCCACCCAAGCAUCCAGAGGACCAAUCAGCAAAGCAGCCACCGCCUCGUUGCAAAACGGGGAAAGCGAUGGGAGCAUCCGGCUGGUGAGCGGCGCCAACACUUGCCAGGGCCGGGUGGAGAUAUUCUACAAAGGGAACUGGGGCACAGUGUGUGACGACGACUGGGGGCUGAGCGAUGCGGCCGUGGUGUGCAAGCAGGUGGGAUGUGGGCACGCCGUAGACUACAGGACCAAUGCCUACUUCGGCUACGGCACGGGGCGCAUCCUCCUCGACAAUGUGAACUGCGACGGGAGCGAGCCGCACCUCUCAGCCUGCUACAGCCUGGGCUGGGGCAUCCACAACUGUGGUCACCACGAGGAUGCUGGUGUCAUCUGCUCAGGUCUCGGGAUGACCACAACCACCCCUGUCACCACCUCAGUGGCUCCCAAGUAUGAACAGUCAUUCACUGAUAUAGCCACAGUCACAGAUGGUCGAGAUCAGCCUUCUCCUGAGACUGAGAUGAUGGUGACCUCAGCCCUUCUCAUGCUAGAAAGAAGAAGUGGUGGCAUACGACUAGCAAACGGGAACAGCAGUUGCCAAGGGCGGGUGGAAGUCCUGUACGGGGACUCCUGGGGGACGGUCUGCGACGACGACUGGGACUUCCCCAACGCCCAGGUGGUCUGCCGGCAGGUGGGCUGCGGCUCGGCGGUGGUGGCCACCGUGCUGGGCUACUUCGGCUAUGGCACCGGACCCAUCCUCCUGGACAACGUGGACUGCGCCGGCACAGAGACUGACCUGUCCGACUGCUUCAACCUGGGGUGGGGGCAGCACAACUGCGGGCACCACGAAGACGCCGGCGUCAUAUGCAGAGGUGCAGACGAAUCUGGAGAUCUCUUCCAAGAUGACCCUUUUGCCACCACCACACCAACCACCACACGUCCCAAGGAUGGCUUCCUCCGCCUGGUCAACGGGAGCCACCGCUGUGAAGGGCGGGUGGAGAUGUUCUACCUGUCUCAGUGGGGGACGGUGUGCGACGACGCUUGGGACCUCAAGGACGUGAAGGUGGUGUGCAGGCAACUGGGCUGUGGGGGGGCCUUGGCCGCCUGGGGGGAGGCCCGCUACGGCCAAGGGACCGGCUACAUCUUCCUCGACAACCUCAAGUGCAAAGGCGACGAGAGCUCCCUGCUGCGCUGCUCCCACAUCCGCUGGAACGUGCACAACUGCGACCACUCGGAAGAUGCAGGAGCUCUCUGCAGGCUCCUGUGA